CCUACGCAGGUUUUCUCUUAGCUUCUGAAAUCUGUUUAAAGCGUUUAUUCAUUCAUGCUCAAGUACCUAAAGUCUGUCUGACUGAUAGCCAAAAUACCGGGUUGCUUGGUCCAGGGCCGGACGCCUAGCCAGCCUGACUUGAAGCUUCACAGCCAUGGCAACAAAGGAGUCAGGAGACCCCAAAGCAGAGUUGGCCGUCUCCUCAUCAGCCAAUCGGAGCAAGCAAGCGUCUGAAAAACCAGACUAUGCUCUCAAAUUUACCCUCGUGGGACAUACGGAAGCAGUAUCAUCAGUUAAGUUUAGUCCUAAUGGAGAAUGGCUAGCAAGUUCUUCUGCUGAUAAAGUAAUUAUAAUUUGGGGAGUCUAUGAUGGAAAAUAUGAGAAAACACUUUAUGGUCACAAUCAGGAAAUAUCAGAUGUUGAUUGGUCAUCAGAUUCCAGUCGUCUUGUUUCUGCCUCAGAUGAUAAAACUCUAAAGAUCUGGGAUGUGAGAUCUGGAAAAUGUUUGAAAACGUUGAAGGGGCACAGUAAUUAUGUUUUUUGCUGUAAUUUCAAUCCACUAUCCAACCUCAUAAUUUCAGGAUCUUUUGAUGAGAGUGUAAAAAUAUGGGAGGUGAAAACGGGAAAGUGCCUGAAGACUUUGUCUGCUCAUUCUGACCCAAUUUCUGCUGUUCAUUUUAAUUGUAAUGGGUCCUUGAUAGUAUCAGGUAGUUACGAUGGCGUCUGUAGAAUCUGGGAUGCUGCAUCAGGUCAGUGUUUAAAAGCACUUGUCGAUGAUGAUAACCCUCCUGUCUCUUUUGUAAAAUUUUCUCCAAAUGGUAAAUAUAUUCUCAUUGGAACUUUGGACAAUACUCUUAAACUAUGGGAUUACAGUAGAGGCAGAUGCCUGAAGACAUACACUGGUCAUAAGAAUGAGAAAUACUGCAUAUUUGCCAAUUUUUCAGUUACUGGUGGAAAGUGGAUUGUGUCUGGUUCAGAGGAUAACCUGGUUUACAUUUGGAACCUUCAAACCAAAGAGAUUGUACAGAAGUUACAAGGUCAUACAGAUGUCGUAAUCUCAGCAGCUUGUCAUCCUACAGAAAAUAUUAUUGCAUCAGCAGCAUUAGGAAAUGACAAAACAAUUAAACUGUGGAUGAGUAACUACUAAAUCCUUUAGAAAUCAAGUAGUAGAGCCAAGGUGGCAAGAAGUUAGAUAUUUAAAAAGAUGGUUUCUCUUAAUUUUGGCAUGAUUUUGUAUUUCUUUUUAACAUCGUCUUGGAUUGUAAGAUUUUAAGACCCAAAACGUAAAUUUACAAAGCAAGACAGCUGGAAAAGCAAAGAAUCUAGGGCUCUUUUACUCUUGAGAUCUGUUAUUAUUCUCUUGUUUCUGUCCCUGAACAGAUGUCCAUUGUUCCUCUCAAUGACUAUUCUAGAGGAUGGGUGUAUUUGAGAAAUCAUUAGGAGAUUCACAAGACAGCACGACUGAUUAAAUGAGGGGGGGAAAGGAGUAUGGAAUAAACUCCAAGGUUUUUGGUUUGGGAGAUCAGAUGAAUAAGCAUAAGCCUGGGAUGAUGGUGGAUUGGAGAUGUAUGUCAGAUGCCACUCAAACACUGUAAGUGAUCGGUAGCCUACAUGAUGGGACAUGAUAUGAUCUAUGGAAUCAAGUCUGCAAAUUGGGAAAAAUAAGUUAUGGUUAGGUUUGUUCUAAGAGUCUAAAACAACAUUAUAAAUGGCAUUUUACUGAAGGACCUCUCAAUGCCUUGUCAGAUUGUACCCUCUCAUGAUUUUCAAGCAAGCUAAAUAUCUGAAUGGUGCGGCCCCUCUCUUUGAUUAUGUGUCUGACCUACUAACUCCUACCUAUGCUUCAAACUCAGUUCAGAAAUCACUUUGUGGAGCCAUCACUGCCUGCCUGACUCCACCCACAGCUGACAGCUGAGUUAGGUUUUCUUGCUUCUCCUAUAGCUUCUGUUGAUCGAGUUCAAAAUAUAUCCUUUACUAAUUUGUAUUGUAUGGUUUCAUGGACCAUGCUUCCUAUAAAUUAUGAGCUCUAUGGAAUCAAGAAGUAUGUUUUAUUCAUCUUUGUAUUCUCAGUUUUUGUAUAUAGAAUGGACUCACAUAUGAAUUAUACCACCACCACUUCAUUCCUUGCCUGCUUUGAAUAAAUUUUUGGAAUCAAUUCUGCAUACUAUUAUUUUUGUUGAUUAAAUAAUCUGAGUAUAGCCUCAUAUAUUAAUAUUAAUUUUAUUCAAACACUUUAUAUAGAAAAUACAAAGUGGAAAACGGUUUCUGCCCACUUUACCUGUAGAGACAUGAUAAACAUGAAAAAAAAUCUAGAAAUUAAACAAAAAAUAAUACAAAAAUAAUUGAAAGCAUCAAGGGUAAAACUGUCUUCUUUUGUAUUCUAUAGUACCUUAUAAUAGUGUUCAUUAAUAUCUGACUUGCUUGACAAGUUAAGGAACAUAAGAUAUUAGAGUUCUUAGUAGGGUAUGACUGCUAAGAAGUUUGUAUGUGAGGGUACUGGGAGAAAUGGGAUUAGAUAGAGGAAGGUCUUAAAUUCUGGCCAAGAAAUUUAUAUUUAACCCAUAAAGAGGUAGUCACUGUAAGUUCUUGAAUAGGAGAAUGACACCAAAUGAGAAGUGAUUGUGUAAAUUCUUAUUGCAUUGUAACAUUUGUGAGCUUUGGUUUAAUAAAACAUUUUUAUUAUAAUAAAUGUCUAAGUUACAACACUUUAAAAUACUUCUUCAGAAGUUAAAAAUGGUAUUGUUCUAUGAAGAAAGAGGACUUAUUUUUAAAAGUACAUUAACAUUUACCCAUAUUUAAAACAUUGGUUUUGGUAAGGUGUAACGUAAGUGUCCCAAAAUAAUCAAGAAAAACUAAUCUGCUAAAAUGUCUAAGAAACUAUGCUUUUUGAUAAAUUUUCAAGUGAUAAAAAUCAAAGAACUUGGUAUCUAAAAAGAAGCUAUGUUCAAAUUACUCUCAAGUAUAUAGACAGAUAUCAUUAACAUCAUCAGAUAGAUUAUGAAGCUACAGGUAGACUGGUACAUUACAUUUUACUGAGUUUUUUCUUAAACCAAGUUCCCAAACAGCUAUAUAAAUUACUUUUUAAUCUGUUAUAACUCUCUAAGGAGAACUAGCAGGUUGGGAUGGCUAUGAGGACUUGUCAUCCAUUAUUGCUCAUGAAGCAUGUGAGAUAAAUGAAAUACUUAAAAUAGAACCAGCAUGAAUACCUAAAUAUGAGACAACUUGGCAUCCCAUUCAAAGUGAGAUACAUUCCAAGUGCAAAUGCAUAUCUUUCAACACUAAUAAGAAAAUGCAGUUAAUAUAGUUUCAUAAUUGAGAAGUUUAGUGUAAAGGCAUCAGGAAAAGGUCCUUGGGAAUUCUAAGCCAUGGAGCAGAGGAGGUGACUGUGUUGGUUCCAAGCAACUCCAUGAUGCUGGGAUUUCAAAGUCCUCAGAAACUCAUGGCCAGACCACUCUCAUCACCUUGCCAGGACAUUUUCAAAGACUGCUCUCCUAAAAGCCUGCCUACCAGCACACUCCAAGAUGGCCAACUGUGGUCCGGCUGAUUCCCAGAGCUCUGAGAAGAACCAUGGCACUUGGGGAGGUUAGCUCUCCAAGAUGCACUAGGCAGUGUACUCAGAUGGUCUUCCUGAACUCUCUGGGAAUGAAUGCAAAGAAUAGAGAGAGAAAUGCAGAACUAGAAGCCAUUUUGCCUUUUGGGGAGAAGUAAUACUUUGGUAAUGGGAAUUAAAGUAAGAUAUGGUACCUGACUCUAAAGAAAAGUUAGUAUUAAAG